AUGGCCGCUGCUGUAUCCAGCGGCAACGUGUCCCAUUUCGCCCUCGCUGGUGCCCACAACUUCGCUGCCAUGUCCGCCGCUCAGCCCAUCCACAUCGCGACUGUGAACAUUCGCUACGAUGGCAACCGCGACAACCCCGUCCCCAUCCCCGAAACUGGCGUGAUAAACCCGCCGGACAGCGGCGGUGACCCAUACCGCGAGUUCCCCUGGGCUGUGCGCCGCUCACGCCUUGUGGACGCCCUGCUCUCCACUGGUGAUCUCGAUAUCAUCGGCUUCCAGGAGGUAUUGCACAAUCAGAUUCUGGAUCUGAACGAACUGCUUGGCGAGGAUUGGAACUUUGUCGGUGUCGGUCGCGACGAUGGCAAGGAGGCUGGCGAAUACAGCCCGAUCUUCUACGACCACACGCGCUUCGAGCAGCUGAACUACAAGUCCAUCUGGUUGAGCGACCACCCCGAUCAGCCCGGAUCGAUUGGCUGGGACGCGGGACAAACACGUAUCGCAACUCUGCUCACUCUCAAAGACGGCGACGGCGCUGUGCACGUUGUCAACACUCACUACGACGACCGCGGCGUGCAAGCACGUGCGCAAUCCAGUUUGCUUAUCCGCCAGGCUAUCAAGGAGUUUGUCAACGAGUCCGAGUCCAAGGGAGCGCCCAAGAACGGCCCCGUCCUGCUGUUCGGAGACUUCACUCCGGAGAAAUCUGGAGGGGGACCCUUCAACACAACCUGA